GUUCCAAAGUGUCGGCGCUUGAUGAUGACGACAUAGAUGUCAAAUGUGGCUUUUCUCAGCUACCAUGCCUCUGUAAAACGCUGUAAAUCAUGGCUGUGAAUCACCUGAGGCUGCUGCGGCCUCUGCUGUGUCCGUCCCUGUUGCGACAGGUCAGGUCUCCCCUCGUGGCCGGCUCCAGGGCCAGUCAACCACUACUAUACCCCAACACCACCUUCUACCCCGCUGCAUGCAAGAGGCUCUACGCCACGAAGAAGUCAAAAGCCAAGGCAAAGGGCCAGUCAGCUAAGGUGAAUAUUAAUUCGGCUCUGGUGGAAGACAUCAUCAGUCUGGAUGAAGUGAAGGGGGACAUGAUCGCUGUUCUCACUGCACUCAAAGAGGACUUCACACGCAACCUCAGCAUCCGAAGCUCGCCAGGAGCUCUGGAUCACAUUGUGGUGACGACUCAAGAUGGAAAGUUCCCUCUCAACCAGCUGGGACAGGUCUCCAUGAAGUCACCUCAGCUCAUUAUGAUCAACAUGAGCAGCUUCCCAGAGGCUACAGAGGCUGCCACCCGCGCCCUUAGAGAGAGUACCAUGAACCUUAACCCAGAGGUGGACGGGACGAUCAUCAAGGUGCCCGUUCCUAAAGUAACACGCGAGCACAGAGAGAACCUCGCCAAGCUGGCCAAACAGUUCGGCAACAAGGCUAAAGAUUCCCUGAGGAAAGUGCGAUCCAAUGCUGUCACACAGGUCAAAAAGACGAAGGACGGACACUCGGAGGACACCAUAAGACUCGUGGAAAAACAGAUUCAGCAGAUGGCGGACAACAUUGCAGUGGACAUUGACAAACAGCUUGCAGCCAAGACCAAAGAGCUGUUAGGCUGACUGUGACCAUUAAAAGGUCUUAUUUUUAUGAUAUUUUGGUUAUGGCCGAACGUACACACUUCACAAAAUCAACAUGUCAACCCUAUCUUGUUUAUAAUAGACAUGGAUUCAAUCGAUAGUUCUUGCAUCCCGUUCUCACAGUCCGAAAGCUUCACACAGACGAACGAGUCUCGGUUCUGUCGUACAUGUUUUGUCAGAAACUGGGCUUCGGUUCCGGCCCACAGCUCUGGCAAAGAUCUGCUCCUCGCUGCUGGGCGAUAUCUGUGUUUAACCGUCAGUACAUAAACACAAAUUGGCAUGGAAACAACAACAACAACGACAGACUGCCAGUCAUCUCCCUCCUCCCUUGUUACCCUUCCUGUCUUCAAACAAACACCGAGCGAGGGAAGAAUGGACUUUUAAUAGGAUUUGUAGGCCUCCUCCUAAUCAAACCCCUUGCCACAAGGGCUGUCUGUUUACGUAAAACAAGCGCACCCGUCUGAGUGUAAACUGACUGCGGGUUUGUCUUGGUGGCAAGAGCGAGGGAGAAAAGGGAGAGAGGGCUUGUUCCAGAGACGGAGGAUAUGAUUAGCGUGUUGCCAAACAUUUGUUUCACAUUGAUUCAAAGUCUGUUAAAGAAUGCACUUGAGUGAAAAAGCCUUUAAUUUUGGCCCAGGUUUAGGAUUGAUAAUAUGGCUGCUCUCUUGACAAUAAUGUUGGGAAAGUAACAUCAUUGAUGGACUCCAUUAAAGAAACACUGCUUUGUACCAUGUGCGUCAUCUUUCUCUCUCUCUCUUGUUUUCUUUUCUUUUUCUCCACUUUUGGUUUGAAGUCGCCCCCUCCUCCAUUAGUCGGAGUGAUAAUUGACUUUUCCUGUGUACGGACCUCCAGGUCCUGGCUUGAGGCACCACAAUUGUCCAUUAGGGAAAGAGGCUUUUAAUGUUGUGCACUUGGCCCCUCUUUGUCUUUCAACAACUGCACUUUUAAAGCAACGGUCAGGAAUUGUAGUACGACUAGUUGUUCAAAGUGGAUCAAUAACAAGAAAUGUAUGAAUGGGAAACCUGCAGAGCCAAAAAACACGGCUCUGCUUUCAUCUAUCCGCUGUUUACACCAGCUAGAGGCUUUACUGUACUCUUAUGUGGUCGUGUCUUGCUCUUUAUCAUGUUUUCUUUUUCUGUUUCCUCUGCUACUGGUCCCAGGCAGCCCACAUGGCAGACAUGUUUAAUUUUAAAAGUUUGCCCACACACUUGCUCUUAUAGCCACCCAUGUCAUUCUAUGAUUACAGUGCUGCAACGACGCAAACUACUAAUUAAAUCUUAUUCAAAAUGCUG